CCCUUUCUCUUUCUUUGUUCUCUUUUUCAUAAGCUUUAUACUCCCAUCUCUUCCCACUGAGCCGCAAUCAUUCUUCUUCAUCUCUUCUCUUCUCUUCUCUUCUCUUCCUCCUCCUUCACUUAUUCCAGUCUUACAGAAGUUGUACUCUUCCUCCUUCGUCUUCACUUUUUCAUCAUAGCAGCUAUUCCAGUCUCAGAGAGGUUGUACCAAGCUACCAAAGGCAUAGUGUCAUCACUUUGAACCCAUCUUUUCUUCUUAUUCUUCUUCGUUACUGGUAAACCCGAAUAGUCCCAGCCCUAGUGAGCAUGGAGAAGAUAGCAUCCGAUUUGAAGGUAUCGGAGUUGAAGCAGAGGAGUGUAGGCAAGGCGUACGAGACCUUGCAUUCCCAAGCGUCUUCCAUGCUCGUUCUCAGCAUUCAAUGGAAGGACCUCCAGGAACACUUCGAUUCGACCCGGAAUGCGAUCCGGACUCGUUUCGAAGAGCUUCAGGAACGAGAGAAGCAGUUGGAAGCCAAGGAGUCAAACUUGAAGUCGGAGAUGGAAUCCAAGAGGGACGAGUUGUUUGGAGUUGAGAAGCUGAUUGAUGAGAAAGUACAGGAGGUUAUAGAAAUAAAGAGAUCGAUUCAGAAGCAUAGUGAGGAGAUUGAACGUGAAGAGAAGAGAGUCUUGGAAGUACAGAAAUUGGUUAUAGACAAGGAGAGGGAGUGUAGUUUGAUCGAAAGGCGGAUUCAAGAGCGUGCGAAGAAACUGAGUUGGGUUGAGAGAAGAACUGAAGAGAAAUUGAAUGAGGUUGAGACUAAGGAGAAGGAACUGAAGAAGUACCAUGAGGAUGCUAAGUUGAAAGUGGAGCAACUAGGUGUGAUUGAUGGGGCAAUCGUGGAGCGUAACGAAAUCAUCGAGUCAAAAGAGGAGAUAUUGAGUUGGAUUGAGAAGAGUAUUGAAGAAAAAUCCAAGUUGGCCGACUCUAAGGAGGAGGAAAUGAGAGUGAUACAACGGUCGUUGAAUGUAUACCGUGAGAGUAUUAAGUCAAAAGAGAGUGACUUAGAUACGAUUCUUGAGUCGAUUGAAGGGAAGAAGAAAGAAUUUGAUGUGAAAGAAGAGCAAAUUAAAACGUUGCAGAGAUUGAUUGAGGGAUGUGAGAAAGAGCUCAAAUUGAAAGAGGAGACACUGAAAGUGAAAGAGUACAGUUUGCGAAACAGACAAAUGGAGGAGUGGUCCUGCAAGCUUGAAUUUAAAGAGAGGGAAGUUGAAUUGAAAGAGAAACAAAUAGAGUCAAAAAUGGAGGAAUUUAAAAAAUGGGUUGAAGAACGCGGAAAGGAUUUGAAUUCACUCUCCUCGGAACUGAAAGUUAAAGAGUGUCAACUUAAACAGGAGGCCAAAGAGCUUGAGUUGACUAAGAAACAAUGUGGUGUUGUUGCUCAAGUGAAGAUUGGGCCAUUGGAAAAGACUCCAGCUAACAAUGCCAUUGUUUCUUCAUCUGCAAGUGAUCAAUCCAACAUCAAUAUUACCGAUGGUAGAAGUUUGCAGUUGUUCGUGUAUGAGCAUAUGAAGAGAAACGAUUCAAUAAGCAAAAAGAUCUCAUCCUUUCUCCAACAAAAGUCAUCAGAACCAGCAAAAUUGGUUUUGGAUGCAAUGCAAGGGUUUUACACUUCAAAUUUGACUGUCGAGAACAAGGAGGUUGAUUUGGUGCUUAUUAGAAGGACAUGCAUCCUUUUGUUGGAAGAAUUAAAGAGUGUCUCACCCCAAACUGAUCCAGAGGUCACAGAAGAAGCAAUGAAGUUGGCCAGUGAUUGGAAGGCUAAGAUGAAAGUGGGAAGUGAGAAUUGGUUGGAGAUUUUGGGUUUUUUGCGGCUUGUUACAACUUACGGAUUGACCUCUGCUUAUAAUGAGGAGGAGCUUCAAAGUCUUCUUGAUAUACUUGCUCAGCAUGAACAAGCAACAGAAUUAUCACGGGCCCUUGCUACCACAGAUAAGGCACAUGCAAAUAGCAACAUCUGUUCUCCUAUGAAAAUUGAAAAAACAGAAUCUCCAGUAGCCCAAAAUGAAGCAACAAUCUCUUCUCCAAAUCUUCAGCAAGCUGCCACCACUAUUGAUGCAAGGAAUUUGCUGGGGUUUCAAAAUGAGCAGAUUCGUGAAGCCUGUGAUUCUGCUUGGAAAAGUAUUAUUUAUGAUCUUAUUGGAAAGAAGUUACUGAUUGAGGCUGUUGGAUUGAUUUACACCAUGAAGUUAUUUGACAAGUUUCCCCCAGUACAAAUCUUAAAAGAAUAUGUUGAUAAUGGAAAGAAGUGCUGCAGGAAUAGAAACAAGAGAGAGAAAUCGCUGGAUGAAAAGGAUAUGAUUACAGACCAGCAUAUAGCAGAUCUACGAGUUGUUAUUCAAUGUAUCAAAGAUUACAACCUUGAGUCUGAAUAUCCACCUGAGGAAAUUGAAUCACAAAUUGCUGUGCUUGAAAUUGUUAAGGAGCGGAGACGUUUAGUGUCAUAUUCUCUUGUUUUGAAGGUUGAACAAGAACAGCAAAAAACGCUGAAAAAUGUUGAAGUACAAGAACAACAAGAGCAGAAAGCCUCGAAGGGUGAACAACAAGAACAGCAAAAAGAACAGAAAAGCUCUGAGGCUAAACUACAAGAAAAAGAACAGCAGGAAGCCUUCAAUAAGGUUGAAGAACAACAACAGCAACAAGAGCAAAACACCUCCAAGGUUAAACAGCAAGAACAACAAGAACAGAAAGCCGCCAAAGUAAAACAACAGCAGAAAAAAGGGAAUAAACGUCCAAACAGCACAUUUGCCCCCAGGUUUGAUCACCAACAGCAGUGGCAGUGUAAAAAUAAAUUUCAAAGAACAUCUGUAUUAGCUGAUAGACACCCCGACCACCCUGACUGUCUAAAUCCAAGUUCAUCAACUUGGACACAUGAAAGUUCUGGAUACCGUGGACAGUUUGGUACUGCCGUCAGCAAGUAGGAAGUUCAUGCUAAUAUGGACAUCCUGGGCGGUUUGGUAUUCCGGCCAACGGUAGCGCUAUUUAUGACAAAUCUCGGAAUAAAUCAAUUUUAUCCCUGCCCUCCUGAAUGUGCCCCUCAAUAAACCUACUCUUGGACCUCUCACUUGCUAAUUAACCGUGAAGUGCUAAUGUAUAGAUGGCACGAUACAAAGUACAGUUUUGUAGGUUGCCUACAUCUCUCUCUCUCUCUCUCUCUCUCUCUCUCUCUCAUUUACUAUUCAAACUUCAAGUUUGAAUGAGAAUUUCAAAUUC